CGCGCCGCGCGCCGCCACGCAAUCGAUCGCUGCGCCGCCGCGCCCGGCCGAAACCGACGCGGGUCCUCCGUCAUUCUCACUAGCAGGUCAGUGGUCACGUCGUGCGGCUCUUACCCGUUCUUUGGCCGCGACAAAACAAACGCGUCCGGUAAAAGCGCCCGGCGAAACGGGUUUAACGUCGUUUGGUCGUCGUCGUCGUUGUCGGCGGCACGAGAUACGAUUACCGUCGGUUUUACGGCCGUGUGACGCACGCGGCCGCCUACGCACGCAGCCGCCGACGCCCGACCGGGCGACGAUGACGGAUGUUAUUGACGUCAAGACGUACGGGACGGCGCGUGGACGCGACCUUUGGUUACGACCGCGAACACUGUUACCGGACCCCGGGAGGGAGAAGAGGGGGGGGGGCGCUUCGGUCACGCCCGUCGAAAACGGGCUUUUCUCGUUCCGUGAACAACGUUUCUGCCCGUAAUAUUUCGCUCAGAUUUUCUCCGAAAACUCCGCUCCGAAUCGUUUUCCGUUGACUGAGAUUAAUCCGCUGCACGCCCACCAAUACGCUCAACAUUGAAUUCCCCUCUGUAUCGCCCGCCCCUACAUCGCCAACUUCUCGCCUAAAACAGCGGAUUUUCGUCCGGUCCCCACCGUGCGCCGUUUCCAAGCACAGACAGGUUAACCGGCCGCCUACAGUGGUAAUCGGGGGGAAAGCCGCGGAAUAAUAAGACAAUGUGCGUUUUUGAUUCUUCCCCGGCCAACCAUUAGUUUUGUCGACGGAAAAAUGUUACCGGAGUCAAAAACGAGUAGAAUAAAGUUUUUAGCGAAACGGACAAAAAAAAAAUGUACGCGUUACACAAUCGAUAUUAAAAAAAAAAAAAAAAUCAUUUCUAUACGAGGCGUCGCGGUAAACAAAUAACAACACGUUCAUAACUAUAUUAAGAAAAAAUGUAAAACCCAUUCGCUAUUGUUACAGAAUCGGCAAUAUAAACGAUAACGCCCGACUGUAACUAAUUACAAACAUACGAACGAUAAGCCGGCUUUUUAUACCCGCGGCAUUUUUUAUUUUUUUUUUUUACUUCUGUCCCCGCACAAUCGGCCGCAUUAUAAUUAUAGACGCACGGAACAUUAUCGCCGUGACGGCGACAGUGACCGCACGGUACUCUCGACGGCGGUAAUCGCGAACGGCGUAACAGCUCUCCCACCUCCGUCCCCCCGCCCCUUCUCCACGAAAACGAUCGCGCGAAUCGGCGGCCUCGUAACCGCGCCCGGCCGUCCCGCAUUUGUGCCGUUUGUGCCGUUCAAAGCGUUUCGCGUUCCAGCGCCCCGCGGUUGUCGACUUUGAAAAAAUGUCCGGCGACGCGUAUGCCGAGCGUACGUUCAUCAUGAUCAAGCCGGACGGCGUGCAACGAGGCCUGGUCGCCAAGAUCAUCAAGCGCUUCGAGGACAAAGGAUUCAAAUUGGUCGCGAUGAAGUUCAUGUGGGCAAGUACUUUCGACCCGCCCCACGUACUGCGCGGCCUUUCUCCGGUCUCGCGUCGACCGCCGCCCGCGGAGUACUCGUUUCCCGAUAAAACGGCUCCGGCACGAGACUCUUUUCGGAACCGCAGGCGCGACGUUCCGCGCAAUGUCGCGGUGUCCUCGGUGAUAUAUUUUUUGCUUUGUUUUCCUCCGUCCGUGUCAGACGAUGGCGGACCGGAUUCACCGGCUCUUGAUUGGCGGGAACCGCGCGACGAGUGCUUCCACAACCAAUAACCCGCGACCCGUAAACGUGUCGUUAUUUUAAAUUCAGACGUCGCGAUUCCCGAUUUCCAUCCGCCCGUCAACGGGACGGUUUCGGACGGGGAUUGAAUAGCGCGGCGAGACGACUGAAGAGACGGGCGGGCGGGCGGGCGGCCGUUCAAAGUUUACCGAUUUCGGACGCGACGCGGCUGCUUUUGUUGGCACGCGGGCGUCGCGUUUCAACGCCGGACGCGUUCACCGCCGUAACGAUUGAUGAUCGACAACGCGUUGACGGCUGGGCGGAACGUUUAGCGGCCGCGCGCUUUUGUCGCCCGUCGGCAUUUGUUGUCGCGCGUCAACAUACGGAUAUGCGCAAUCGGGUAAAUGGGUCCUCGCAGCGCGGAAUUCGCGAAAAUCGCCGUCGUUUUAACGAACGCGAAACGCCCGGACCCCGGGAUAUUUGAAAAUUCGAUCGGGUCCAGUUCGGUACAACGGGCCGGGGGGAAGGGGGCGCUCGAGGCAUUUACGGCGAGACGAAUUUCAUCGUUAUUUUAAAAUGUUGUCCUUCUCUGGCGAUUCGGUGGAAAAUAAUUUCGAGUGUUAUUUUCGUGAUGCGCAAUGCGCGAUGAAUGUCAUUCCGUCUUGAUUGAGUGUAUGCGGUGACAAAAAAAAAAAAAAAACCGGCCCGUCUUAAAUAGCCAAGACAACAGCAAACAUUUGGUCGCAAAGCGAGCCGCCUGGUCCGUUUUAAACCCGAACCACAGAAUCUAUUGACGAAAUAUGUCCGUACCUAUUUUACCUAAUGACUCCCCCCUAACUAGGGUUUUUGAAUAAAAAUUGUUUGAAUUUCUUUUCUUUAAUCUGAUAGUGAAACAAUUUAAUACAUGAUAUGUUUCACUAUCUUUUAACAUAAUUUGAAUUUGUCUAAGGUAACUUGUUCAGAAGGAUAAAAUUUGCAUUUAAAAUGUUUAUUAAUUGAUAUUUAGAUUUUAGUUCAGAAUAUACAUACUCUCUUAUUUUGUGAUACAAACUGUUACAUUCUAAUUAAAGUAAAUUAUUAAUUAUUAUUAAAUUACAUUUUAUUUCAGGCAUCAGAAGAACUGUUAUCAAAACACUAUUCUGAUUUAUCCGGCAGGCCUUUUUUUCCGGGACUCGUCAAGUACAUGGCUUCUGGACCAGUAGUUCCAAUGGUUAUUGCACACAUUCUUUUAUCUUAUUAUAAAUAAAUAAAACAGCAGGUUGCAUUAUUUUAUUAGGUAUGGGAAGGAUUGGAUGUUGUAAAAACCGGACGAUUCAUUCUUGGUGCGACUGACCCAAAAAACUCUAACCCUGGAACCAUCAGGGGCGAUCUAUGUAUUCAAGUGGGCCGGUAAAAUAACAAUACAACUACAAUUGCUAUUUUAUUUUAAUGUUCUUAUGUUUUUCAAUGUUAACAGCAACAUAGUUCAUGGUUCUGAUGCUGUGGAAUCGGCCAACAAAGAAAUUGCCCUGUGGUUUUCAGAAAAAGAACUAAUAUCCUGGUCUAGACCAAGCGACGCAUGGUUAUAUGGAGAAAACUAAAACUUAAUUCCAUGAUGAUUUAUCGAGCUUAUUUUAUGAAUUGUUACUUAGUAAUAGAAUAGGUACAACAAGGUUUUUAACAAGAUAAAUUUACAAUUCAUACAAUUUAAUCUUUUAUUGUUUUUAAAAAUAUUUAUAAUUUUCAAUAAAUAUAAUUUAUCUUAGUUCAUGCUAAAUACAUUCUUAAUUAUUCAAAUUCAUAAUUAUUUAUAUGUACAUCUAUGUAAUUGGCAUUUGUUAUAUGUACUAAUAUUUUGCCUUUUUCCUCAUUUGAUUUUCUUCGUUACUAUCAUUAUUUUUAUUUUUUCCAGCUAACCAAGAUGCCAUGAAUGUGCUGCUUUUGUUAACACUAAAAAUGAAAAAUACAACUAUAGUUAUUUUCUCGAAUUAAAAACCUUAAGAUUAAGUAAUCAUUGCUCACAAAAAUGUAAGUCUAGUGGUACAAAACUUUUUUAAAUGUUUAAAUGUAAAAUAAAAUUUUGCAGGCUUAAAAAAAAUACUUGUUAAUUAGUUUAUUAUAUGUAGAGCAUAGGUAUUAUUAUUCAUAUUUUAUAAUAAUAUAUACUCAAUACAUAUUAAAAUUAAACUCUAGUAUAUCCUUUGAAUAAAUAUUAAUUAAAAUGUUAGAUUAAGUAUAUGAAAGAAAGAAAAAUAUGCGUAUAUUUUGCAUACAUAACUAAUAGACUUAAACAAAUUGUAAAAUUAUUAAAUUUCAUAAUACUACCAGUUUUAUUUGAAAUUUGGACCAAUAUGUGACCAAUUAGGUUAUGUGAUCGACUCAUAAUUUUAAUUUAAUAGGUAAGAAUUCUAUAACGUACUAUAAUAAAUAAUUUUUGAAUUAUUAUUACUUUAAUUUAUAAAAUGAUAAAAAAAUGUAUGUGUUUAAUGUAAACUAUGCAUUUAUAAUAAAAAAUAUAAUUAUCAUAAUAAUACAUUACACCUCACGUUUUCUUUAAAUUUUUAUAAAUAUAACAUCUUAUUGCAUUGAAAUGGAUUGGUACAAACCCAAAGUAUUAUUUAUUAAAUAAUACACAAUGUAGAAUAAUAAAAAUAUGAAUGUAAAUGAAAACAAUUAAACUUAAAAAUUCCAAAUUGUAACAUGUUGAAUACAAUUUUUUCUACCAGUAAGUUAUAUAUAAGAUCAAUACUAGUUAUUUAUACGUACAUUUUUGAUGCAGGCUUAUUGCAAUCGUCAAUCUUGUUUCGUGAAUUGUUGACAGAGUUUGUUACUUCAUGCCAUGACAAAUUUUCAACAGGAUGAAGCAUAGCAAUAGCUCGACUUGCUGAUACCCUUCUGCUAUCCAACCAAUCCUAAUAAAAUCAAUCAAUUACUAAACGGAUCAGAACCAUACAUUUAAUGUCAAUACAAUUUUUUUGUUAAAACUGUUAAAGUGUAUAAGAAAAUAUAUCAGAUCAGUGGCCGCAGAUUGAUUGAAUUACCACUUAACUAUGCGAUUGCUAGUAGUAGUGGCCAGUGUUAAGAAUAUCAAAAUAUGAAUACAAGAAUAAUACGGUUUUCCAACAUUCUCCACAAUCUUUAUUAUAUUUAAAGUUGACUUUAUUUUGUCCGAUUUAUCAUCUUUUGGUUAAUAACAAUAAAUAUUCUCACUUUGACACUUAUUUUGACGUUGUAUACCAAUUCAAUUAUUUAAAUUGUUAUUUAAAAGAAUGUAAAACUGAAUAAACCAAUCUUACUUCUAUAAUUUGUUCAUUUUCUAAGACUGCAGGCAUUCUGUGAUGAAUUUGUGAAAAUUUCUUAUUUGAUUCCAUUGUAACAACCGAGUAGUUGUAAUAAAUAUCACCAUUUGGUGACUUCCAUUUAUUGUAAAUACCGGCUAGUUUAAGCAGAGAAGGUCCACACCAACCAGACUUCUCAGACCAUUGACUAGAUUCCCAAUCAUUUUUAUUGUAAACUGAAAUCUUAAGAUAAACAUACAAAU